CGGUCACAUCACAUUUUGUUGUUGUCGCGGUCGGAAAAGUGCACGGAGUUACGGUCGUCGAUUCGUCGAUUUUCCGUUAAAUACAGCAUAUAAAUUCCAAAACAAAUGUGCGCACUCGCCGCCGCCGUAAACGCAUCGCAAUAAGAUGUUUUCCUACCCGUGUACAAGCAACACAAUACGCAUCUAAACGCAAACGUCGUUGUCGACGCAUUAUUACAGCUACAAAAGGAGCAGAGUGGCAUACAAAAUAAUAUCGUUGCAAAAAAAAGUGAAAUUAAGUGUUUUAAACAAAAGGAAGAGAAACCAUAAAAAAACAUGAACAUGACAUGGCCGCGUCUCGUUUACACAAUAACUCAAAAUUAAUUUAAUAUGCUGGCAAAUGAGCAAAGCGAAAAGCAAGCUAAAAGGCUUUGAAUUGCGAAGGAGCUCCUGAACGGCUGCUUUUAUCGCCAUGGCCGCCGCAUCUGCUGGCCAGCAACAGCAGCAACAUCAGCACCAGCACAAGCUGAACAUAGCUGGGAGUGCUGAGACGGUGGUCAGCGGGAUGCAUCAUCAGCAGCAGCAACAUCAGCAGCAGCAGCAUCCACAGAUCAAUAUGUUCAAGCAGCAGCAGCAAAUGUUGCCUCUGCAGCAGCAACAUCAUCAGUUUUUCCAGCAGCAACAGACGAAAUUUGUAUCGCGGGUCGUUACAAGUGCAGCGGUGCAUCAGCAGCAGCAGCAGCAACACCACCAACAGCAGCAACAGCAACAGAUAUUACCAGCUGGCUUUGUAAACGGCAAUGGUAGCGGCAACAUGAUGCAAGUAGCAAAUCUGCAUCUGCAGCAGCAACAACAGCAGCAGCAGCAGCAGCGAAACAGUCAGCAGCACAUAUUUGUCUGCCCCACCAGCAACCAGCAGCUCCUUUUGCAACAGCAACAGCAGCAGCAGCAACAACAGCAACAAACCAAACAGCGCCAGGCGCAAAUAAAGUUGCCAAUAAAGUCAGCGGCAACAACGGGAGUAACGGCGGCAACUGUUGCUGCUGCAACGGCUGCUACUGGGGCAACGCAUUGCAUGUCGACAACAAUUGCGGCGCGUCAAAUGAGUCAGAACAAUCAGCUCUAUGCCAAGAAUGUUGCCAAAGCCAACAAUGCCAGUAGCAAUGGCAAUAUCAACAGGAAGACGGCCACUAGCUACAAUGGAAAUUUGGCCCCUGGCUGGCGUCGCUUGACCAACAACAAUGAGGUGGCCUAUAUCAGCCCCUCGGGCAAAACGCUGCGCACGCAGUUCCAGAUCAAGGACUAUCUGCUCACACAGGGUACCUGCAAGUGCGGCCUGCCGUGUCCGCUGCGCCCGGAGUACCUAUUCGACUUUAAUGCCCAGGUGCCCAACCAGCCGCUCAAGUUGCCAACGGAGGCGUCAACGGUGACGCCAACACCUUGCCUGCACCAGCGGCGAUUUCUUGAAUCUCAGCAGCUUCAGCUGCCACAGCAGCAGCAGCAGCAACAGCAACAUCUACAGCAUCAGCAGCAGCCACAACAGGCUGUCAAAGAUGUAUCUGUAGCCGUAGCCGUAUCCGUAUCUGGGCCAGCAGCUGUCAGCGAUGUGUUCUCCACGCUGAUGACAUCGACAGCGAGAACGGCGACGAUGGCGACACCAACAGCAGCAACAUCACCAGCCCAGGCGGCAACAACCACCACACAUGAAAUGGCCAACAAAGACGCUGAUUGCCACAAAUACGGCAAUAACAAAUUACCUGCCACAAACCGGACGGCGACCACGCCCACGCCAGCUCCAACGCCCCCGCCUCAGCAUCCGAAUGCGAUGCCAACUAGUCAAGCAUUAGCAUUAGGCGGAAUUCCAGUUGGCGGCCAUCCCAAGCGUCCAACUGGGGGCCAUGUGAUAAAGCAACCCGCCACCGUUCUUGGGCCACCAUCCACGCCGCCCUUGGCUGUUGGUGGAGCCAACACAGUCAUCCAACAGCAGCAGCAGCUACAGCAACAUCCAAACUUUAAGGACGAUCCUGCUGGCUAUCUGCAACAGCAAACAGCACUGUUGCAUAACAGCCUUGGAGUCGGUUUGGAGGCAACGAAAACGGCGGCUGGAACUUCCACUGCGAGAGCUCUGCCACAGGAACCCAUUGUUCACAGCUCGCAGCAGCAACAGCAGCAGCAGCAGAUGCAGCGUCAAAAGAUCCGUCGUCUGUCGCUCUUUGGAAAAUGGGAAACGGAUCCAGCACCUGCCACCAAUUCCCAACCAACAAAUGGAACACGAGCACUGCAAGUGGAUGCUGCCGCCUUUGCACGACCUCAGAAACCACAGGUCACUUGCGUAACGCUGGUGCCACCUCCACAGGAGUCUCCAGUAUCGAGUAGUGCAGCCGAGACGCUAGAGAAGCGACCCGAGCAGGUGGGAGCCAUAUCCACCAGUCUCGAGAGUCCGCGGCAGAGUCUGUCGUCGCCCACGGAUUCGGUUGACUCUGCAAAGAGCACGCCUUCAGCUUCACCCAAACCCCAAACACAAGUCCCAAUGCAGCCGCAGUUGCUGCAGAUGCGCCCGCAUCUCCAGGCCAAUCUUUCCGCUCAAGCGCCCGUCACCGUGCCCGCCCAUGUACGUGUCAUGCGUCAGCAGCAGGCUCAGAUCAUUCCCGGUCAACGAUUGCCAGUGGCUAGCAGCAGUGCUGCGAUGGCCACGAUGACCAGGAGCAUAGUGACGUCCACGGCGGGAACGAGUACGAUUACAGGGCGGCCUGUGGCCACCACGUUAACCAGCUCGAAUCCCACUGUGGCGCAGUUGCAAUCCAUGGCGAAUGCCAUGAAUGGAGCAGGUGGUGGUGGACAAUUGAUAAUGACUUCUUCGGGACAACUACUGGUCAUACCGACGCCCAGCAAGCAGACAACGCAACAUCAUCGCCCAGGUCAGCCCGGACAAGGUGUCAUCAUCCAGCAGCAGCAGCCGGCGGAAUUGCAUCCUCAACCGGGUGGUGGUUAUAUCGUCAGCCAGCCCUCUCCGGUGGCGGCGGCAAGCUCCAGCAGUAGCAGCAGCACUGUGAUCCUAAACUCCGGUGGAGCCAAGUUGCUGCACCACCAGAUCAUCACCUCGCAGGCUGGACAGAUUAAUCAGGCGACUUCGGGAGGAGCAGGAAACCAGCCGCAGACGGUGCUGCUCAACACACUGCCCAAUGGAGGUUACAUCGUCCAGCAGCAGCCGCAAACGCAGUCGCCACAGCAGGCAGAACAGAUCCUGGCGAUGCCGCAACCGCCUCCGGCGCAAACACUUAUCAUCAGCUCGCCGGACACCAAGAGGAGAGCGCGGAAGCGAAAAAGUUCUGUAUGCCAUACACCGCCGCCAAGUGGAUCGCCCGCCAAAAUCAUUUCGCCUCAGAUCUCGCCCAGCAUCCCAAGCCAGGCACCAGGCACUCUGCUUCACCAGCAGGCAGCUGCAGCGGCGGCUGCUGCUCCUCAAUUCCAGCAACAAUUCCAAUUGAGUCCUAGCAUUCAGGGAAUUGUGGUAAACAAACCUAAUCCUCCUCAGCAACCACAGACGCAGCAGCUUCUGCUCCAGAACGGGCAAAUCUUGCAACAGGUUAAUCUCAUUGGACAGCAGCUUCUCAUGCCCGCCGGGUUGGUAAUGGGACCAGAUGCCACACUGUUACAAAUCCAGAAUAUGCCCGCAACAAGCUUGAUGACCCCGCAGGGUCCCGUGAUGUUGAGAACGCCAUCCCCACAGAACAAGCCCUCUUUCAUUUCCCCGAGUGCCGGAGGCCAACAGUACUUAGUGGGUGCCAAUGGCCAGUUGAGUCCCAUCGGUCAGAUCUACUCCACGCCCAUGGGUCUGGUCAUGCCAACCGGUCAGCAGGGAGGUGCAUCCUUUGUGCAGGCUAGUCCCACGACAACAACUAUACAGAUCCAACAACAGCCAGCCCCGCAGCCCACGCAGAUCAGUUUGCAGCCAGCACAGGCCACCUACAUGACAGAGACGGUGAUGAGUCGCCAGGGAACGGCCGCCAGUCCGCCGGACACAACUACCUGUAGUCCACGAAGUCCGGAGCGACCUUCCAGCCAUCGCAGCAGUGGUAGCGAUAUGGUACAAUGUGUAUCCAGUUCGGAGCCGGAUGCAGCUGUCUCUCCCCAAAGUACUGAGAGCCGGCAGUCGCCCUCUUCAACGGACUGUGAGAGGAGCAUUUGUAAGAACAAUGUGUUUACCCAGCCCAGUGGGAUCUACAAGCACUCGGAGCCAAAGAUCAGACGCAUCCACAUCACCUCACAGACGUCGGCGGAGAAUGGAAUUAGCCUGAUGCAGGGACAAGGUAUGCGCCUGGCGACAUCUAACACAAACUCCACAUCUGCAUCCAUGUCUAUAACAUCGUCAUCGUCGGUACCACUAACCACAACUGCUCUGGCUGGUCAACGCCAGCUUAUGCACCGCCAGCAGGCCGUGCACCACCACACUCCAAACAUCUCCAACAACCAUCCAAACACCUUCCUUCAUAGCCACAAAGUAGUUAACUUUGACUACCAGGAGUCGCCCACGACAACGCAGCUGCUUUCAUCAGUUCCAAUCGCUCAAACAACGGUCGAGAAGACGUCGGUCAGGACGCCCACGAAACGUUCGCGCCGCCCGCAACGAGGGGCACCGCGUGCGGCGCCCUCGGCGUCCGAUAGAAGUUUCCCGCUGCCACCACGAUCCUUUGCCAUUGGGGAACUGAUAUGGGGUCCGGCUCGGGGCCAUCCCGCCUGGCCCGGAAAGAUCGUCAAGAUGCCAGACGGAGUGUGCACGCCGUCGCAGCAGUUCGACCACGUCUGGGUUCAGUGGUUCGGCGGCGGCGGUCGUUCGACCUCCGAGCUGAUUCCGGUCAACUCAUUGCAGAGUCUCUCCGAGGGUCUGGAAGCACAUCACAAGGCCCAGAAGGAUACGAGAAAGAGCCGCAAACUGAACUCGCAGCUCGAGCGGGCCAUACAAGAAGCAAUGACUGAGUUGGAUAACAUUUCAGCCUCCUCGACACCCGCAGCCACAUCCUCGUCAUCAGCAACCAUCGCUGCUGUUCCCGCAUCAGCAGGACCAGCUGUAAUUGGCGGACAACAGCAGUAUCAGCAGCAGCAGCAGCAGCAGCAGUCGCCCUCUUCAACGAACAACAAAAUAAAUGGACUCGCGCGGAGCAAGCGCCAGGCCAACACAAGUGGGGCCAGCAUGGUGCUGACCACCAGCACGGCGGCCACAUUGAGUGGCCUCUUCAAUCAGCAGCGAGCCAAACCCAUACGCAUUGCUCCGGCUCCACCGGUGGCCACAACGGGCACGGGCAACAUUGGGACGAUAGCAGCAGCUGGAGCUGCAGCAGCUUCAACUGGAACCGGGACAGCGACCACUCCGGCCCGUUCCGAGAUCGUGAAGCUGGCCAAAUGACCAGCGCUGUCGACGUUGUCGUCGACAGUGAGCACAGCCAGCUACACCCUCGUUAUCGGGCAUAAGUAGUGGGCAGCAGGAGGAUACAUACCGCCAGGCCAUACAUAUAGAGCUAUCCAUACAUAUGUGACGAUACGAGUAUAGAGUUUAGUGUUAGGUGUCAGGCCUCAGCUUUGGAGUUUGUUGUUUUGUAUUCUUUGACAGACUCCCCGCUUAGUUGCGUCGCUGGGCGGCGCGCGCCACACUUUCGAAAUAGACAAUAAAACAGCAAGAUGAUGUUAAUGAAAAUCAA